GACAUCGCCCUGCCCCGCCGGUGCACAUCUAGCUCCACCUCUGGGGUUAAAUCCGGUUUAAAUUGGGGGUCGGGCUGGCAUUUUGGUUACAUGGGAGAAAGUCCCACCAAAUUCAGAAUAGCUUCCUUCAGCAUAAGCGCGCAGAGCGCUCGGGUGUCGAGCCUUAGGUGACGAUCCUCUCUCCGCCAAAAUUGACCCCGGAGGGAGAAGGGCGACCCACUGACUUCCCCCGGCCUCGCCAGAUCCCCGCUGAGAAGUCGCGCGCAAGAGCGCAGCACGCUCCCCAGUUCAGUGCGCGCUGCCUCAGGAUCGCAGCCGGGCGGUGGUGGAGGAGGAGGAGCGCCAGGGGCCCGCCUGCCCUCGCCACCCGCUAUAAAUGGCCCUCCGGAGGCGCCGGGAGCACAACUUUGGCCGGGCGCCGGGCGCCCCCUCCGGCACGUGGGUCAUGCAGGCCCCCGAGGCGCGCCCGGGCGGCGCUGCCCGCCCCAAGCAGCUGACCUCUUUCCUCAUCCGAGACAUCCUGCGCCCCGGCGGCGCCCCCGCCUCGGAGCCCGGCGGGGAGGCGCGCCCGCCGGCGCGGAGGGAUCGGCCCGGGGCCAGCCAAGCCCCCGAGAAGCCCGGCGCGGCGGACGCGACAGAUCAGUCUGCAGAGGCCUUCCUCUCUCAUUCUGAGAACACCCCCAAAUCCUUACCGAGACUCCCAAAGCAGCAGAAGCGUUCCCGGGCUGCCUUCUCCCAUAUGCAGGUCAUAGAGCUUGAGAAGAAGUUCAAUCACCAGAAGUACCUGUCUGCACCUGAGCGAGCCCACCUAGCCAAGCACCUGAAACUCACCGAAACCCAAGUGAAAAUCUGGUUCCAGAACAGAAGAUAUAAGACCAAGAGGAAGCAGCUGGCCUCAGAAUUUGGCGGACUUGAUAAGAACUCGGCAAUUCCAGCCUUCAAAGAACGUGACUUCUCCAGAGCUACUCUGGCCCUUUCUGUGUACCACAGCUACCAGUAUAAUCCAUAUGUCUACUACCUGAAUGGCUGGAGUCCAGUCUUGUGGUAACUAAUAUACUGAGUGAUCUACUUGCCACAGGGUCUAAAAACACUCUUCAGCCACCACCCAGCCACUGACUUUGCUACAGUGGGAUAGAUUGCAAGUCAGACUUUGCCAGAGAGAAUUGGCUUCCUCCUGUUUUAUUUUUCCUCCUCUAUCUUGGGACAUCCAGGGAGCUCACAUGGUGCUCUUGAGCUACAGCUAUGGAUAGUGCUGUGUUUGCUUCCCAUGGUGCAAUCUGGGUGACAUGCAAAAUAAAUAUUAUAAAAUAUGCAUCCA